AAAAGAUGUUGUAUAGAAAUAAGAACCAACAUCGAACAUCACUGUAUUAUAAACAACUUGCAAAGUGUUAUCGCGUUCUCCGACGUAGUUGGAAAAGUCAGUUGUUUGAAAACCUACGCAACUUGAGUUUUCAUUCGUUGUCUCCAGCACAAUUGGCGGAAGAAAGUCAUCAGUUGUUGAACACUUAUGAAAACAAAGUAUUGCCUCUCAUCUUUCGUGCAGCAAACACCCUCUUCUCCAUCUUUUCUCAAACACACUUUAUGGCGUGGAGCUUAACCAUGCUAUCCAUAUUGGCAAGAAUAUGGGUCAUUCUUCGUCGACUAGUGAAUCUUCUGCGAUUAUUGAACACUCAUUGUGCACAGGAUUCUAGUGACUUGACAAUUAGAAAGAAAAUGAAGCACAAGCGAGGUAAGCAGCUUAGACAAUCAUCGAAACAUUUACCAAGAAAUACAAAAACCUUGUCGACUCGAGAGAACAAAACAAAUACAGAAAGUAUUUUAUGGAACAGAUUGACGUUUACUUGUAAUGAAGAACAAAAGUUCAUACAUCAUGUACAAGACUGUGAUAUUGACGAUAUAUUUUCAGUCUUGGAAGCUUAAGAGGUUCAUUCCAAUCGCAAUAUAUACUCAUCUAGUCUA